AUGUGGAGGCCCGCCACCCAACAGCUUACUGGUACUAACGACAUCCCUCUUGGGAACCGUCGUCGGUUUGGUCCGGCGCCAGUCGAAGAGCAGCACCCGCCGCAGCUUGCUCAACCAUCGCCUUCAGCUUAUCCACGACCCCGCUUCCAAGAUGAGCGCAAGGAGAGCAACGAAUCCAGCCAUAGCACUCCCACGCCAGUGGACCCGAAUGCCCCGCGCAAGAAACGAUCUCGCUGGGGUGAUGCCGCCAAGAAUGACAUUCCUGGCUUGCCCUCUGCCAUUAGCGCCCAAGGCGUCUCCCAGGCUCAGCUCGACAACUACGCCAUUCACCAUCGCUUGGAGGAGAUCAACCGCCGCCUGCGCCUUAACGACUUUGUUCCGCCCGAGCGUGAGCGGUCGCCUUCCCCUCCGCCCACCUAUGACGCCCACGGUCGCCGUACCAACACUCGCGAGGUUCGCUACCGCAAGAAACUCGAGGACGAGCGCAUGAGGCUCGUCGACCGCGCCAUGAAAAACGACCCCAACUUCCGACCGCCGGUCGAGUACCACCAGCAGAAGCGCUCACAGCGCCCUCAGGACAAGGUCUAUAUUCCUGUCAAGGAGUUCCCGGAGAUCAACUUCUUCGGUCUUCUCGUCGGCCCUCGUGGCAACUCGCUCAAGAAGAUGGAGCGCGAGAGUGGUGCGAAGAUUAGCAUUCGUGGAAAGGGCAGUGUAAAGGAGGGCAAGGCGCGUCCCGACGCGUUUGCGGACGAUGCGGAGGAAGAUCUGCACUGUCUCGUCAUCGCCGACUCGGACGAGAAGGUUCGCGCCUGCGUCAACCUCAUCAACAAGGUCAUCGAGACGGCUGCCUCGACGCCCGAAGGCCAGAACGACCACAAGCGUAAUCAGCUUCGUGAGCUAGCCGCGCUUAACGGUACCCUCCGCGACGACGAGAACCAGGUCUGCCAGAACUGCGGCGGUAUUGGACACCGCAAGUACGACUGCCCCGAACAACGCAACUUCACAGCCAACAUCAUCUGUCGCGUUUGCGGCUCCGCCGGACACAUGGCGCGUGACUGUCAGGUCAAUCGUGGCGGCAACAUGAUGGGCGGCGGUAUGGGCGGUCCUCCCGGUAUGGGCGGCCCGCCUGCCAUCGGUGGCGGUCCUGGCAUGGGCGGCGAAAUGGUCAAAGGUGGCGCGGGUGGUUAUGAUGCGGAGUACGCAAGCCUUAUGGCUGAGCUCGGCGAGAGCGCAAAGCCUGCUGCUGCACCCGGAUACGGUGGCGCCGACCUCGGCGGAAUGGGCAGUGCUGGCAACAUCCCGCCGUGGCGCCGUCCGGAGGUGUGGGCGAGCAACAUGGGCCCUGGCGGUGGUCCUGGUGGUCAGCAGCAGCAGCGUGGUGGUCCCCAAGGUGGCGGGUACGGCGGGCAACAGGGCGGGUAUGCUCCGCAGGGAUACACCGGACAGGGCUGGGGAGGAGGCGGUGCCCAGCAGGGCUACGGUGGCCAGGAUGGUGGGUAUGGAGGCUAUGCGGGCUACUAUCAGGGGCAGUACGCGCAGGCCAGCGCGUAA